AUGCAAAAAUUGCGCUUUCACAAAGUGAAGAUAAAACAUAUUUUACAUUUUAUUUCCUCUCUACUCGUUCCACUUAUGAUCGGUGUAUUUACAAUAGUUCUAGCGGUAGUAGAAAUACAGAAAGCUGCUAGUCACCGCACACAAGAUUUACGAAUAGCUGAGAAUCGAGAGAAAGAAAAUAUACUUGAAAAUUAUUUUAAAGACGUGUCACAACUAAUAUUGAAGAACACAACAUUUAUGAAGGGAAGUACAGCAUCAAUCGUUAUUCGAGCUAAAACACUAACAGCGGUUCGACAAUUGGAUGGAAAGCGGAACGCCUAUUUGAUACAGUUUCUUUAUGAAAGCAGACUGAUUAGUGACUGGAAAAAUUCAAUCAAUUUAGUUGGAGCAGAAUUAAAUAAUCUGCAUCUGGGUUCAGACUCAUUUAAGAGGAAUUUGAUGGGAAUUCAGUUAAGUGGUAUAUCACUGAUCAAUGCAUCAUUUAUUAAUGCGUUCUUGUCAAAAUCGAACUUUGGAAGUGGCUGUAAUUUAAGAAAUGCAAAUUUUAGAUACUCUCGGUUACGUUCGAGUAAUUUUUACAAUGCAAGUCUACAACGGGCAGAUUUCACUGGAGCAGAUCUUUAUGGUGCUAAUUUCGCUCAUGCUAAUCUGAGUGAAGCAAAUAUUUCUCAGGAACAAUUAGAUCGUGCAAGUUCUUUAUAUUUGGCCACAUUGCCGAAUAACAGAAAAAUAUCGGAAGCAAAUUUGAUUUUGAAUGGUAAUGCUGAGCAAGGAGAUGAUUGUACGAAUGAUACAAAAACACUUAAAUCAACUUCGAAAUGGAAUGUCACAGAAGGAAAUAUUAUACGUAUAUCCUAUUCAGCCAUUGGUGGUAUUUUAACUGAUAGUGAUGGUGCAAAGUUUAAUGGUGACAAAUGUUAUUUUUGGGCUAGUAAUUCUGUAAAUGCAUCCAUGUACCAAACAAUUGACAUUAGAUACAGUAAAUAUGAUUAUUGGGUAGGAUUAGGUAAAUCAAUUCUAUACACUACAACUACACGUAUUUUCAAUGGAACUGUAGUUGAUGAAAGUAAAGGCAGAUGCAUAAUGAAUUGUUUCACCUUUAAUUUGAAACAAUUCGAGGGGAGUAAUCUAAUUUCCGAAGGUAAAGGUACGAAUCACACUUC